ACAUUCCAUGUCAAACUACCAAGGAGCACGAUAUACAAGAAUCUUCAACCAGCGAGCAAACCUCUCCGCAAGGAGAAGGUUACACUCCACUCACAAGGUUGCUUCAGGACCUGUUUGAGUCUACAGAUGCUAGCGUGGAUCCGAGUAUGGAAAUGUCAACAGAUCAGAUGAGGAUGGUGGCGCUGGCCUUAGCGCAAUCGCCUCUUGCGAGGGAUCUCUUUCAGCAGUCAGGGACCGAGGGGCAAAUCAAGGGCAUGCCGCAGGAGUUCAUAGACUCUCUGGAACGAGUACCCAAGACGAAGCUUAAGCUCGACCAGACAUGUCCGAUCUGUACCAACGACUUUGUCGAUGAUCCACACCCCUUGGUGGUGGAGUUGCCCUGUGAUGGAAGACACCGAUUUGACAUGGAAUGCAUCGCACCUUGGUUAAAGGUACAAUCAACGUGCCCAGUGUGUAGAAAAAACCUACACGACAAAAAGACAUUCGAUCUCCCUGAAGACGAUGAGGAGGAGGAGGAAGGGUGGGAAAUGUACGGUUAAAGGAGUGUCAUUACGUCUUUCUCAGCUCUUCUUGUGUAUAGCAACUACCCAGAAUGAAAGAAAACGAUUAUGUACAUGUGAUUCGCAUAUCUGUUAUUUACUUUUGCUUCUCUUCUAUCUGCUCCUUAGCAUCGUGUGCCUCCAAUUUCUCCUCAGGAAUGUGUCUCUUGAACACAGGAUCAUUCAAAAGCUCUUGCACUCUCUUCGAAACUGCAGCUUGUCCCUCCACUGAGCCAUUGAACUGUUCGAUUUUACCCAGGUCAAUCUUAUCCAGCUCUUGGACCAACUCCACGGACUCUCGUUGGAAAGUUUGCACCUUAAUACCAACACCGGCAUUCGAGUGCUUU